GCUGGAUGGUCUACAACAAAAUAUCCAUAAGAUCUGCCUCAAAACUUAAAAUAUGAUAUUUAAAUUUGGCCAGAAACAUUACUAAUCUUUUUAGAAAAGAAAAAUAUUUUAGAUUUAAAAUUUGUACAUUUUCUAUAUCGUAAUACAGAACUCUUCAUCUGAUGGAGAUAAAUAAAGUCUAAAUAUGGCAACAACCACUGAGCUCUCUUAAAACCCCACGCACGAAGUAUAAUCCUCUCAUACCGGAGUUCAGUUAAUUUUCAUUCAUUCAUAGGCCUACGUACAAUGAAUAUAACUUAAUUAGUACCGGUAUAGACUCAAUGCUGUGAGACUGACACCAAGCUAGUUUGUUUAACUGGUUAAGGUUGGAAUUUAAAUUUCUUAUGACAAUACAAUUAUCAACACCAUAUCAUAAGCGGCUCAACCCGGAUGGCAGUGGUAAUGGUACUUAACCAUACAUAUAUAAAGAUAUUAUAAAAGUAUACUUCCGAUCGUAAAAUAAGAUGAUUAUUAUAAAAAAAAUAAAAGAUUUUAAACUUAAUAUCCGAUCUUUUGAUUUUUUUAAAACGCCUUUUUGCAAAGAAUGUGAUGUUACUCAAUUGUUCUGGAAGCCUGAUUUUGCCCGCUGAGAGUACGCUUUAAGAAAAGCCAAGCUAAACAACCAACAAUUAAAGGAAAAGUUUUGAAGUACAAGCACUGCUCAAGUUUUGUUCGAUCCAUGGGAUGUCUGUUAUCGCUUUCCCUUUGUUUGCAAACACUAAGGCGGUGCCAUGUAAUGAUUAAGGUAAAACGAUGGGAAUUGUUGAGGGGAUUAUUUUUGGAAGGAAGGGUGAAAGGACUUGUUGUGAUUCCAACUAUAUAGCGGUUAUCGCAAGAUAAACGAGGGGAAAAAAGAACCCACGGGCAAGACAGGAGCCAUAGAAUUUCAAAUAGAAUUUUGGCAAGGAACACAAUUUGUUUGAAUUAAGAGAGAAAAUGAGCGCGUUGAUGAAAAGCGCUUCAACGGAAGAAAUCAUCAACGAACAAACAUCGCCAUCGCAGAGGAAAAUUGGAAUCAUUGGUCGGAUGAAAAAGAAGCUGGCAAUAAGCUCCAGGCCAAACAGUUCCCAGUCAUGCUCGUCGCUAGAGAGCAAUGUCGACGCCCUCAGCAUCUCCCCGUGCGAACACGAGCUGGAACUGUCGUCUGACAGCUCAAGCGAAGAGGAGGAGGACCACCCCCACAGGACAGUACCCCGAACCUGCCACAUAAAUGCUGUGUUCACAUUCGACAACGAUUCUUACCCUCGGGCAAAUUUGAUGCAGAUAUACGGAUGUGAAGGUAAGCAGAAAGGAUGCUUCAAGGACGCGACCGAUGUGCAAUGUGUGGACAAAGGGAAGUGCAUAGUGACUGAUAUGAUCAACGGUCGUAUCUCGACCUUCAGCAGAAAUGGUCGAACUAAAGUCAUAAGAUGCAGUUGGGCACUGAGGGAACCGUGGGCCACGACCGUCGUCUCAGAAAACAAAAUCGCGGUCACGUCGAGAAAAGACAAGAACGUCUCCGUCAUUUCAAUGAAUGGGGACGUUCUCUUCUCGUUUGGUAGCCGAUUUUUUCAGUGUCCUUGUGGUAUUGCAGUGGACAAAAACGGUCGUUUCAUUGUAACAGAUAUCUUGUCCAAUGAGGUAUCGGUGUUUUCCCCUGAGGGCAAGUGGUUGUUUAACCUUGGGGACCCGCUUUCACCCGUCCAACAGUUCUGUUGUCCCCGCUACGUCCAUGUCAGUGCGUUCGGUGACAUCAUUGUGUGUGACUCUGGAAACCAUUGUAUUAAAGUCUUCAACGAACAUGGCAAUUUCAAGUUUACUUUUGGACAAUAUGGUCGACAGGAGGGAGCAUUCAAAGCCCCUUACGGCGUGACGUCAGACGGGGAGGGGAAUAUCAUUGUAGCAGACCAUUACAACGAUCGCAUUGCCUUGUUCUCGAAGAAUGGAGAAUUCUUAAGAAACAUUGUGAGUUCGGAGGACGGACUCUAUCACCCACAGGGGGUGGCAUUAUCUAGCGAUAUGCGAUUGUUUGUUACCCAUGGGAAACUGAAGGCCACUGAAGUUAUUGUGUAUUCAUUCAAUGACGAUGAAAAUGAAAUGCUGUAAAGUUGCUUGCGUUGCGAUAACCUAUUGUAAAGCUAGUCUCCUUAACAAACGAACCAUCAAACUAUUCAUGUAUGGAGUAAAAGUUUGGCUUAUGUCAUAAAAUACA